AUGAAUAGACGAAUUUUUUUAAUAUGUGCCUGUCUGCUUACACUAGGAUGUUUUGCUAAGGGUGAUGAAAUGUCACAUAUGGCAGGUAUGGAUAAUUUGGAUGAUUAUACCAGACCUGAUAUAGUUAAUGCAGGAUCUAGAACCUUCCAUUGGUUGUCUACGGUUUUAUUUUUAUUGUUAGUUCCAUCUUUGGCUGCUUGCUUUUCAUUUGCUAAUAAGGUUAAUUCAUCAGUAUUCUUGCAAACUAUCAGUGGUAUUUAUGCAAUUUUUGAAGCAUUAUUGUUUAGAUUUGCUGAUAAUGAUGGUGUUGAAAAUAGAGUAUCAAGAGGUACUGCAUGGACUAUCUUGAUUUUACUAUGGAGUUCUGUUUUCUUUGGAUGUCUUCAUAGCGGUACUGGUGUAUUAUUAAAGAAUAAGAAAUUGCAAACUUUUGUUUCAAAAACUGGUGAAACUAAGAUAAAAUAUCUACAUAGUGGAUUAUCAUUCUUAGUAGUUGUUAAUGGUUGGGUUAAGGUCUGCCUGGCUCCUGUAGCUUUAUUUGGUUUCUGUAGAGAAUCACAUACUGGUCAAUGUAUCGCUCAUGGUGUUAUGGGUUCUGCAUUUGUAUUGUAUGGUUUUAUUUAUGCCAUGGUACUUGUCAUUCCAUGGAUUAGAAACAAUAAAGGUCCAUAUUCUCAAGAUUACAUUGAUAGUUGGAUUAUGUGUAUCUGGGGUAUUGUUAACACUUUCACCGAACACAGAUGGGGACGUGAAGGUUGGAAUCAUGGUGAUUACCAACACACCGCAAUGGGUAUCAUUUGGUGGGCAGGUGGUAUCCUUGGUAUUUUUUUAUCAAGAGGUGGUAGAAGAACAUUUGUUCCAAGUUUAUUAAUCAUCUUUACAGGUUGGGCAAUGUCAGAACAUACCCAACAUUUAAUUAUCAGCACAAAAGUUCAUUAUCUAUUCGGUUUAGUUUUAAUGGCAGGUGGUAGUUUACGUAUAGUUGAAAUUUCAUUCCUCUUAAAAGAUCAAAGGACAUUAGAGACAAUCCAUUCGUUCCAAUACUUACCUCCUUUCUGUCUAGUUUGCGCCGGUGUGUUGUUCAUGGGUGCUAACGAAGAACAAUUAAUCCUAGUAUUAAGAUUACAUGCAGACCACAGUGCCUACAGUCUAGUAGCAAUAGCUGGUGCCUUUAUGGUAUACUUUUGGAUGUUAUCCUGCCUAAGCUUCUAUUUGAGACUGGUCGAGACUCAAAACAAAGGUUUCUUGUCAAGUUACGAACCUGAGGAAGAUGUUAAUUAUGAUAUCAACAGUCCAGAUUUUGAAUUAUCCGAUAAUUUAUCGGAAGAAACAUAA